CAAGUCUAUUUCAUCAAAUUUUAAACACAAAAAGAAGUAGCUAUUUGUGGGCUUUACUUCAUAUAAAACUUGAUGCCAAUGGCUACCUCAUCAUCAAAUUUUAUUAUGACUUAUUUGAUUUUAAGUCUUGUUUUGGCUUUGACUAUUGUUAUUGUCCCUCAAACUGAGGCAAGAGCUUUCUUUGUCUUUGGAGAUUCGCUUGUUGACAGUGGCAACAACAACUACUUAGCUACAACUGCCCGUGCUGAUGCUCCUCCUUAUGGUAUCGAUUAUCCCACUCGUCGCCCCACCGGCCGUUUCUCCAAUGGCUUCAACAUUCCCGAUAUCAUCAGCCAGCAACUAGGCCAAUCGGAAGCUCCAUUGCCAUACUUAAGCCGAGAGCUUAACGGAGAUAAGCUUCUUAUUGGUGCUAACUUCGCUUCAGCCGGUAUCGGAAUUCUCAAUGACACUGGGAUUCAAUUCGUAAACAUUAUCAGAAUGUUCAGGCAACUUGACUAUUUCGAACAAUACCAGCGGCGUUUGACUGCUCUCAUCGGAGAGGAAGAAAGCCGCCGCCUUGUAAACCAAGCGCUCGUACUUAUCACUGUAGGUGGAAAUGAUUUUGUCAAUAACUACUACUUGGUUCCCUUCUCUGCAAGAUCUCGACAAUUCGCUUUGCCGGAUUAUGUUAAGUAUCUCAUUUCUGAGUACCGAAAAUUGCUCCAGAGGCUGUACAAUCUGGGAGCACGUAGGGUUCUGGUGACGGGGACGGGUCCACUGGGGUGUGUUCCAGCAGAGCUGGCGAUGAGGAGCACAAAUGGAGGAUGCUCGCAGGAACUGCAAAGAGCUGCAGCAUUGUACAACCCACAACUGGAUCAAAUGAUACAGCAAGUCAACAGUGAAAUUGGUGAAACUGUUUUUAUUGGUGUAAAUACUCAACAAAUGAACACUGAUUUCAUCACUGAUCCUCAAGCUUAUGGUUUCGCAACAUCAAAAGUAGCAUGUUGUGGGCAAGGGCCAUACAAUGGGAUAGGUCUGUGCACAGGUUUGUCAAAUUUGUGUCCUGAUAGAAGCCUCUACGCAUUCUGGGAUCCAUUUCAUCCAUCUGAAAAGGCAAACAGAAUUAUCGCUCAACAGAUAAUGACUGGUUCUAACAAGUACAUGAAUCCCAUAAAUCUCAGCACCAUUUUGGCUCUGGAUUCCUGGACUUAGCUAGAGAUCAAUCAAAGCCAAGACAUCAGCAAAUCACUUUCCAAUUUCUUCAUUUGGAAAGUUUUGUUGUGUUUUAAUUAAUGUCUUUGCGGUCUCAAUUGAGUUAAAUUUAAUAAUUUAUUUGUGAUCGAUGUGGAACCAACAUUCGUCGGGUCCUUCAUGAAUAAUUUUUAAGAAAGAGAAGGCUGCAAUUGUAAUUUACCAUUUUCAGUAUUGAUUAUAAAGCCAGCGAUAAUAAUG